AGCGCAUGGGAGAUUUCUGUGCACCAGUCGAGAGAACUUGGUUCAAAAACGGAUUUUCCGAGACUUGGAUGGCAGUGCGCUUUCGUCCUCCCUCCUAACAGUACACAGGACUCUUUGGAUCGAGUGCGUGAGCGUGGAAAUUCGAAAUGGAAAUUAUUUUUAUGUCGUUUUAUAUUUUGGGAGAGAUGCUCGAGGAUUUUUCGGAAAUUUGAAACCAACCAAGAACUAGGGAAAAUCGAAAAAACUUCCAGAAUUGUCUUGUGCUGAUGAAAUUAUUUCAACAUGAAUGAGAGUACUUGCCUAGAGUCGAAUCCUUACAGAAACAAAAGUUAUUGCCCCACAGUUUUCGAUGAAUGGUUAUGUUGGCCGACAUCUCCUCCGGAUAAAAUGAAUUAUCAAGGUUGUCCACAGAAACCAGGCUUAAUUACUACUGAAUAUGCCUCAAGAUACUGUCAAUUGAAUGGCACAUGGGUAACUAAUCCUAAAAUGAACAAUUCCAUCAGCACAGCAGGUUAUACGAACUAUACGAAGUGUUUUUUUCCUGGUACGCUUUAUCUUUUUCAAAUGUGUGACAAAAUAGGAAGAGAUAAAUGUAAGAGUAUCACUCAAGUUACGAGAUACCUCGAAAUGGUUGGCCUAACCGUAUCACUUACAUCUUUAAUAAUAUCUUUAAUUAUAUUCUAUCAGUUUAGGAUACUUAGGAACAACAGGACGAAAAUUCAUAAAAACCUAUUUAUUUCCACACUAUUUCAUAUAAUGACUAGAUUAGUUUUGUAUAUAGACCAAAUGGCUGGUGACAACAUCCAGAAAACUGCCAUAGUUCACGAGAUCUGGGCCACAAGUUUAGAAUAUACCCGAACCACCAUGUUCAUGUGGAUGUUCAUCGAGGGUCUAUACCUUCAUAACAUGAUAACUGUUACAGUAUUCCAAGAAUAUUCGUACAUAAAGUUGUAUAUCUACCUCGGCUACGGCUUAUCUGCCCUCAUGUCAGUGACGUGGAUGAUGACCAUGAUAAUUUUGAGGAGUGAUUGGUAUUACUACUAUCUCCUACCAUAUUACUGGAUCCUUGAAGGUCCCAGAUCAACGAUAGUCGUGAUCAACCUUCUUUUUCUUCUGAAUAUAGUACGAGUUCUGGUUGUUAAGUUGAGAGAAAGUCAUACUAGCGAGAUCGAACAAGUUAGGAAAGCAGUAAGGGCAGCAAUUUUUCUAUUACCACUUCUGGGAAUAGCAAAUCUCAUUUUCCUCUUCUUCCACAAGUUCGAUGAAGCUUGGAAAUAUGCAUUAUGGUCUUAUACAGCACACUUUUUUGCUAGUUUUCAAGGAUUUUUCGUUGCUGUUCUCUACUGCUUUCUCAAUGGAGAGGUACAAAAUGCCAUAAAAAACAGUUUAGACUCAAGAUUAUCUUUAAGGAGUUAUUACACUCCUUGCAGAAAUGUUACAGUUGUAUCAACUGCUCCGGAUAUAAGAGACCAAAGAUUUUCCAACGACAACUCAUUAGAAAAUAAUGCCAGUGUUAAUCCGAUAUCUCAAGAGCAACCGGAAACAACUCUCUGAGGAAAAAAUGAAGAAAUAAAAUGGACAGCUGGAACAUCGAAGGAGGAACCAUGAAAUCUAUACGAAUUAUGUAGUGACUAAUUUAUUAACAUAUCGAUUUAUGAUAUCCUAGAGAAUUUUAUGUAUAAUUCUAUGAUUACAAGUUCAAAUAUAAUAAAAACAAAUGUAGUUUUUUA